CGUCCCUCUGCAUGGCGGCGGGCUUGGUGGGCCACUGGCGCGUCCACAUCUGGUGCUUCCUGCCGCUUCCCCAGAGCGCUGCUCCCGCCACGACGCCCAGGGCCCUGCUCUCAGGGCCCUGCUCUCGGCAGGCUCACCGGAGGAGCCGCUUCUGCCCCCAAGGCGCCUCUUUCCCUCUGGCUGGCCACACAGAUUCCCUCUCACCCGCUGGCCGGCCUGAGACCGAGGUUCCUGCCACUGGGACGCAGACUCCGGGCUGGAUGGCCUGUGAGGAGGAUCAGGGCCGCGGACGGGCCACAGGGAGUGGACAGGCUGCUCCCUCUUGGCCCAGAGGCGCCGCACACGCAGUUCUCCUGGUUUUAAUAAAGUCACGACUUCUGGUUUUGGUAGUGUCGCCUCGCGGGGUGUGCGUCUCAGGCUGCCCUUCCAAGGGGCGGGUGCGAGGUCCCUGGAGCCCUGGAGGGGGCUGGCCGAGCACGGCGCUCAACUUCGUCUUCCACUCUGGUUGUCCCUGCGUCCGGCCUUUGCCAGCAGCUUCCCGACCCUCCCGUGCCGGCCCCCGCCCGCCCCGCCCCGCAGCAGCAGGCUGCGCUUUUCAUCUCAGCAGCAAGGGCCCCCGGAAUGUGCCGGCAUGUUCUGGAGCUGGCCUGGGUCUUCUACCUCACCGACGGGGUGCUCUGGCGCCCACGGCACAGGUGCCCAUGGUGGGACCAGCUGGGGCACAGCCGGCCACCAGGCCCCGACGCUCUUCUCCGUCACCUCGUGUGGUCACCUGCAGGGCAGCGUCCCAGUGGCCGCCCGUACGGGCGCCAGGACCCCAGCACCGCCCUCCCUGCCUUCGAAGCCUCCAGACCCGAGUCCAGAAGGGAGCUUCUGUCUGCGUCAAACAAGGCAGGGACCCCACCCACGCGGACAGCCCUGCGCGCGGUCUCGCCGUCCAGACGGAGGCGUCCUGGGCAAGCUGGGAUCCGUUCAGAAAAAUACCAGCACCAGAGACUUCGGUCCCAUCUUUCCAGGGAAAAAUGGUGGGUUUUUCCUCAAAAAAAGCAAAAGGUCAAUGUCUCCUUUCUGUGUGUUCCUUAAAAAGCGCUGGGCGAACUGGAACAGAAGCGCAUGGACUGCCCCCCACGGCUGCCGCUAGGACGGCCUGGGGCCUGGUGACCUGCUAGUGCCCGUGGGACUGCGCCUUAAUUUAAGCCAUUUCAUACGUGGGGCCGCGGGGGGGUUUCUCUGCAGUGUCGGACGUGUGGCCAAUGUCAAGGAGUCAGAGGCACUUUCCUUCCUCCAGUUUCCGUUGUACGUGUUGCCUGGCUUCUGUUUGAGUGUCAUAAUUAAACACAGCGUUUGGUA